AGUUCUGUCCAUGUUGUGGCCCGUGACAAUGGUAAAGGGCAUGGAGGAGGCCAAAGUUUCUAGUCUUCUCUGUGUGGUACAUACUCUGCAGCUGACCGUCACAGAGGGUCUGUUAUCACAGCACAGUGUUACGGAGGCUGUGGGAGUUGGGCACAAAAUAGUUGGCCACUCCAAGAUGGCAUACUCUCGGUUACAGGAUAUUCAGACACAGCUCGGUCAACCAGUAAAAAGGCUUCAGAAAGACAUGCAGACUCGUUGGAAUGACACAUUCUUCAUGGUGCUGUCUCUAAUUGAGCAAAAAAGGGCAAUUGGAGUAUGUGUCUGAAAACGAGCUCCCUGCCACUUUAACUGCAAACCAGUGGAAUCGUAUGGGGAAGAUGGUAAAUGUCUGGGCUCCGUUUGAGGAAAUGAUGACUCGUCAAGUGAGUUCGUCAGAUGCUUUAGCCUCAGAUGUAAUUCCUGCUGUCACUGUGCUACAAAGACUGUUGCUGAAACAAAUGGAUGAGGACCAUGGAAUCAAAACAAUGAAGAGCACUUCCCUUGAUGCUUUGCAGAGGCGCUUUUUCAACAUGGAGCGAAACCCGCUUUACUGCAUUGCAAGUUUACUUGAUCCAAGGUAUAAAGAUCGAUUCUUCUCCGACACAGACACUGCCAGGCAGGCCCAAGAGAUGUUGAUACUGGAGCUGCAAAAAAUGUUUGUGAGAGAGACAGCCACACCUGAGACACAUGGUGCACCAGCUGACAAAAGGUCUCACAGCAACAAGCCAGGUAGCAGUCUGGACAGUGUUUUUGAAGAAAUUGCAGAUGGAUGUGCAUCUACAUCUGAGAGCAGAGCUCCAACAGCCACUACCAUACAACUGAAGCAUACCUUGGAGAGACCACUGUGCAUCGUUCAGAGAAACCUGGGCAGUACUGGGCAGUCAAUAAUCUGUGAUUUCCUGCUCUGGCUCGAAUGGCACAAAAAUAUCUUUCAGCCCCAUGCAGCAGUGUAGAAACUAAAAGACUGUUCAGCUCAGUGUCACACAUUCUGACUGACAACAGAAGCAGGCUUGUAGCUGAAUAUGCAGAGAUGCUUCUGUUCCUUAAAAAAAAAAAACCCUGCCACUUACUUUUGAAAAAUAAUCCAAACUGAUUGACUGCCUUAUGUACUUUUCAUCUUGCAAAAAUUAUUGCAAAAGCAAAAACAUGCUGUACAAAUGUUCUGAGGAACAUCCUUAACUAAUGGCUUAUGAACACUUACAAUUAUAGUGUUGCUUACCGUGAUUAGACAGUUCACUGUUGUAUUUCACUGUACACUUUUGAUUGUUACACAACAUUGAACAUUUACACAGUGUUAUGUUAUAAACAUUUGUUCUUUGAAAUUAAUUUGCAGCUUUUUGAGAACUUUAUGACAGGUUGAUAGAUAUGUUUUUUAAUUAUUAUUAUUUUAUUAUGCCCUUGGUUUGGUUGUGGAAAUUAUUAGAUACUGUGAAAAUUGACUGUACUUUGACAACCUUGUGACAAGCCGAAAAAAUUUUGAGUUACAGUUGUUCAUAAUUACAGAGAAGCUGUCCUAAAAUUAUUACUCUCGCUGUGUCAUUACUUGAAAACUGCCACAUCCCAAAAACAGGUAUUGGUAUCAGCAAGU